AGGAGCACCCUCAUGCUGAUUGGAAAGGCUUUUAGAUUUGGUGGACGUGUCAGGUCUGGUGUUAUCAAACCGUUGGCCUGUCUUUUGGCCUCCCAGCAACAUGGCCAAGAGCAAGUUUGAGUACGUGCGCAAAUUUGAAACAGAUGACACGUGUCUACGAAACUGCUACAUUGUUGUGAGACUGGACGGGCGCAACUUCCACAAGUUUGCAGAGCAGCACGAGUUUCCAAAGCCCGAUGACAACAGAGCCUUGGGUCUGAUGAGCCGAGUGGAAGAGCUCGAGGAUAUCGUCAUCGCUUCCGGUCAAAGUGAGGAGUUCAGCUUUGUUUUCAAGAGGACCUCCACCUGGUUUAAAAGACGAGCCAGUAAGCUCAUGACCCUUGUGGCCUCCCAGUUCUCCUCCUCGUAUGUGUUUUACUGGAAGGAGUUUUUUGGGCAACAGCCCCUCUUGUACCCCCCAGGUUUUGAUGGACGUGUGGUCACAGACUACCUCAGCUGGAGGCAGGCAGAUUGUCACAUAAAUAAUUUGUACAACACAGUGUUUUGGACUUUAGUACAAAAGGGGGGACUCACCACAGCCCAGGCAGAGGAUCGCUUAAAAGUGAAAGCAAAACACAACCUUAAGUUAAUUAAUAUGUGUUUGUGUGUAUAUGUAUUUAUACACUAUAUGUUAUAAUAAUUU